AUGGCGUUUCUUUCCUUCCCGAUCAUUUCUCGUGGCUCACAAAUUUUUGCAGUUGCUUCCUCGAUAUUUAUGGACAUAGCACUUGCAAAUCCUGCUGUGGCAAUAAGUCCACUGAAUAUUGAUAUUGCUGAUUUUAUGGAAGAAGAUAAGAUUAAGCUGGGGGAUCUUGCCUGUGCACUGUCUAGGCUGCAGGUACAGGUAGAACCCAAUGGCAGUAAUGCAGAACUUCAUGUAGGAGAGUUUACUGUGCUUCUUGAAAUUCAUGCUGAAGUGCAAUUGAAGAAUUAUGGAAAAUUUCUUGAGGAAUAUGCGUCUCAGCUGAAGAGAAUUGAAGAUGCUUUGGAUGACUCUGUUGGAGAUGUUUGGGACUUCAGUCUUGAUCCCAUUGCAUUAAAGCUUUUGCCAUAUGAACAGUCCUCUCUACUGGAGCUCAUAAAGACAGAAAACAAGGUUCUAAACAAAGUAAUAACUGUAUAUGCUGCCCUUUGCUGUGAAAUCAAGAAGUUAAAAUAUGAGGCAGAAACUAAAUUUUAUAAUGGCCUCUUGUUUUAUGGAGAAGGAGCCACAGAUUCCAGCAUGGUGGAGGGAGAUUGCCAAAUACAGAUGGGAAGAUUUGUUUCUUUCUUGCAG